UUUGAUACUUAUUCUGUAUUCUGUACCAAAAGUCCCUAAUGCAUUGUACCAUUCGCAGUUAUUUUCCCCACUCUCUUAAAUGCCACAUUAUAUUUCACUUGCUUAAACACAUUAUUCAGCUACCCGUCAAAUAUCAGUGUGUUAAAAGUGUUUGGGUGCAGCUUUGCAUUGAAUUGCCUCACCCAACAACAUCAUCAUCUCCCUAGUGAGCUCAUCCAGACAAACAAUAAAUCCUUUUAUUUCCCUCGUCAUGGAGGAAUGCUUGACAUUAUAACAAUUCAGGAAUAGCACAUUUACGUGCAGAAAGCAGGGAAAAUGAGUACGGGGAAGCCGAGUGGUAUCAAACCACCCACCAAGAUUGGUAAACCAACAACCGGGCCAACCAAGACCUCACCCACUGCAGCUGGCCCCAAAGCUGUAACCUCCCCAGCCUCCAAUACUGCUCAAGAUGCAGCAUCAGACUUCUCUGUUGGCGAACGCGUUUGGGUCAAUGGAAAUAAACCAGGCUACGUGCAGUUCAUCGGUGAAACGCAGUUUGCUCCGGGCCAGUGGGCGGGCAUAGUUCUAGACGAUCCCAUUGGGAAAAAUGACGGCUCUGUGGCUGGCAUCUCUUACUUCCAGUGCAAGGACUUGCGUGGCAUAUUCACUCGGCCGUCCAAACUAUCCCACACUCCAGUGCCAGAGCGUGAGGCCAGCAGUACAAAGACACCUGCCAGCCAGUCCUCUGCCAAUCAGGUGCCUCCUGCCAAAGAUGCUGUUCCAGACACUCCAACCACCAAUGCAACCGCAACCAACAAGACCUCAACAAACUUAACCAGAACUGCCAGUGAGUCUGCCUCCAAUCUGUCUGAGACGGAUUCGGCCAAGAAGCUACAAUGGGAACUAAAGUUAGGGGAUCGUGUGCUGGUGGGCGGGACCAAAGCAGGUGUUGUGCGUUUCCUGGGUGAAACUGACUUUGCAAAAGGGGAAUGGUGUGGAGUUGAACUGGAUGAGCCACUUGGCAAGAAUGAUGGGGCAGUGGCAGGUGUGAGGUAUUUUCAGUGUCUCCCAAAGUACGGACUAUUUGCUCCAACGCAUAAAGUGACUCGAAUUGGUUUCCCAUCCACCACACCAGCCAAAUCCAAAAUCUCAAGGCGCAGGUCAACACUAAAGAACAGCCCCAGUGCUUCCUCCGUCAGCUCCCUCAGCUCCAUCGCCUCCUCAGUUGGAGGCAAACCCAGCCGAGCAGGCCUGCUCACAGAGACGUCUGCACGUUACGCACUGAAGAUCUCAGGCACAACGGCCCUUCAAGAGGCUCUAAAGGAGAAACAGCAGCACAUUGAGCAGCUCCUGGUCGAGCGAGAUCUGGAGAGGACGGAGGUGGCCCGAGCCACCAGCCACGCUGGAGAGGUGCAACAGGAGCUGGCUCUGCUCAGACAGGGCCAGGAACAGUAUUCUCACGAAAUGGAAGCUAAGUUGGACCAGUUGCGCAGACUUGUUGAGACUGCAGACAGAGACAAAGUGGAGCUGAUGAAUCAACUAGAGGAGGAAAAAAGAAAAGUGGAGGACCUGCAGUUCCGUGUGGAAGAAGCUUGCAUUACCAAAGGCGACCUAGAGACGCAGACCAAACUGGAGCAUGCCCACAUUAAGGAGCUCGAACAGAGUCUUCUGUUUGAAAAGACCAAAGCAGAUAAACUCCAGAGGCAGUUAGAGGACACUAGGGUCGCCACGGUAUCGGAGCGCUCCAGGAUCAUGGAGCUAGAAAGAGAGGUGGCCGAUCUGCAGCUUCAGCUGAGAACUCUACGAGCCGAGAGCACCGGAUCCUCCUCACCUCCAUUGCAAGAUAAGAAGAUCAAGGAGCUGAACUUUGAGCUGGAGAGCAGACAGAAAGAGGUUCUUCUGUUCCAGCAGAAACUGAGCUCCUCUGAGUUGGAGAAGACCUCCGUCCAACAACAGCUCGAAGACCUGACACAGAAGUUUGACACUGCAUCAGAGGAACAUACGAAAAUAAAACUAGGCAUGCAAGAGAUGGAGAAGAACAUGAAAAUGGACAGAGAAAAACUGAAUCAGGUCUCCAGAGAGAAGGAGGACCUGGAGAGGGAGUUGGCCGCCCGACAGAAGCAGGAUCAGGUGGAGGGUGAGGAGAGAAAACUUCAAAUAAAGGAGCUGAAAGAGAACUUGAGUAGAACAGCAGAGAGGAGUGGCAAGCUGGAACGGCAGCUGGUGGAACUGCAGGCCUACAAGGACCAAAUGCAGAAUUCACAGUCUGCAGAAAAGCUGGAGAGACUGAUACAGAGAAACAAGGAGUUGCAGAAGGAGCUUGAAGUCCUGAAGCAGCAGAACUCGCAGUAUCAGGAACAGUUGAGUUCAGAAACGCAGCGUACCGGAAGCCUUCGCAAAGAAAUUGAGGAGCUAAAGCUGGCAGCCAAUCAGAAGCCUCAGAGGCAGGUGUCGCUUCAGGAUGAGAAAGGGAAGUUGGCUCAGGACCUGGAUGUCAAUCGGCAGGACAACCACACGCAGCAGAAGCUUGAGGACGAGACUUUCACCAGCCAGCUGGAGAUUACAGAGAGGGAGAACUCCAAUGCAUUGAUGUCUGAUAAAGACAAAGAGCUCGAGAGACUGCGAAGUGAGAUCGCAGUUUUGCGAGGAGAGAACGCCAUGGCCAAAACGCUCCAAUCGGCUGUAAAGUCUUUGGAGAGCGACAAAGCUCAGCUGCAGAGCCGAGUGAACAGCCUGGAGCAGAAACUAGAGGGACGGCAGACGGGGAAUGGAGACGGAGUGACGACAGGUGAUGCUGCUAUGGACCAACUGAGAGAAGAGAAAGAGUUUGCAGAGGGACAGAUCAACUUCCUUAACUCGGUCAUUGUGGAUCUCCAGAGGAAGAAUGAAGAACUGAAGGUGAAACUAAAGAAAAUGGCGUUGACGGAGUUCAACGGAAAUGAUGAGAAUGAUGGUCUCGGUGAGGUGAAAAAGAAGAAGAAAGCCCCGCCACGUGUCUUCUGCGACAUUUGCGACUGCUUCGACCUGCACGAUACGGAGGACUGUCCCACGCAGACGCAGUCGCCAGACUCCCCUCCCCACACUACCUAUCACGGCAGCCGCGGAGGUGAGCGACCGUACUGCGACAUCUGCGAGGCAUUCGGUCACUGGACAGAUUCUUGCAACGAUGACCAAACCUUCUGAACUCCCCCCCAAACCUCUGCCUGAGAUCAGGCAAUGCACAUAUCGCUUUCAACCAGAUAUUUUGCUAUUUUUGUACACAGCGUAUAUACAUUCAAACCUAUUGUACAUUCCCUUCAACGUGUCCGGCCGAAUGAAGGCUAAGGUAUGCUGCAGUGAUGGAAUUUGAGUGUCUAAAAGACAUGGAAUCUUUAUGUGUGUUAUUAAUACCGUGUGUAGCGUACGUUUUCACUCUCCUGUGUGAACCGAUCUAUUGACAAGUUACCAGCAAGAAAAUUGGGAGCGGUUUGGUGAUACUUUGGUGUUUAUUCAAAGCUACUGCGUGUAAUUUUUCUGCCCCUAGAGGCGCCAAACGGAAUUGCACAAAUACUUUCCCGAACAUUCCCCCAUCUGCCAUUAGGUAGUUUUGAAAGUACCACAGAGCAGCUUUGUUAGGAAUGGAAUACUUGCGUACAGUUUACUGCAUACUGCGCCGUAUACACUGAAUACUGCCUACUAUUUUUUAAUAACGGCAUGUGAAAUAGUCCACAUUAUGCAACAAAACACAAACAGUAGUAUGCUAUUUGACCAUAUGAUCUUGUUACGUUGGUCACAUGACCUCAUUAUAUGCAUAUUUAAUUCAGUGAUUUGCAUCUAAUCCUACGGAAAAUUAAAAGUUAUUCUGCAUUUUUGGCCACAUCUUUACGAACUCAUAACAGACUGUUAUCACGUACACAAAAACAGUAAAACCAGUGCACCAAACAAAGAUUAAGUUAAUCACUAUUAAUUUAUUGCACUUCUCACUUUAAAAAUAUGCAGCACACAAGUUUAACUGCCAUUCUUGGGAACCAAGUUAUUCUUUUGACUGUUAAACGCUAGACAUGUAGUCAUGAUAUUGUCAUAUGGCUUUUUGUGUAUUUUGAUAUUAUGUCCUGUAGAUUGCAGGCCUAUUCACUCCAAGUCUGAAUUUGUGGUGCGAAAAUUGUGCACGGCAAGAUUUUAAAGGGAUAGGUCAUCAUUUACUCACCCUCAUGUUGUUCCAAAUGGAAGCCGUAGUCACCGUUCACUUUUAUUGCAUCUUUUUUCCAUACAGUGAAUGUCAAUGGUGGUUUCACUUUUUUUGUUUGGAAAAGAAAGUCAUACGUUUGGAACAAUAUGAGGUGUACUGUCCCUUUAAGCCCACAGACUCAUCCGUUUUCAGUUUCCUAAUGAUAUCGUUUUCCAAAGUAUGCAGUGAUGGAGAGCAUUUUCAAAACACUCCAUUUCGGAGGAUUAGCGGUAUAAACGAAGGAAAAUGUUAGUUUUUUUUUAUUUUAUUUUUUAAAUGUAUUUGUGUUUUUUCAUUCAGAUUCUAGGGCAAUUUAUUUACAUUGUUUAAAUGCAAACAAAUAUUUCAAGUAUCUAGACUUUUUAGAGAAUUAAGACAAUUCUGAACUCGUGAAUAAUCAUGGCACAAAAAACAAAAUCACACAUUUUUUAUACUGUAUGUUGUGUGUCAUCACAUCGGACUUUGUGUGAACAGGCCUUUACUUAUUGCACAACUUAAAAGCACAAGAUCAUAUUGUAUCUCUUAUUAUUGAUGUAAUAAUAAUGACAAAGUUUAUUUGACAACCUAAUAAACCGCAAGUAUUAAAAUUGUUGACCCACAAUGAAAUGGUGCACAUAAAUAUGUAUAAUAUUCAUAUUCCCUCUUUGUUAAAAUCAAUUUGAUUGCAUUAAUUGCAAAUAUGUGGUGUUUUUACCAGAAUAUUGUGACAGUCUUUAACUAUUGUACUGUUUUAUGUACUGUAUGUUCAAAUGAACUCAAUAGAAAUAUUGAACAACU